CGCCAGGCUCGUUCGGUGUGUGCGCGCGCGCGCGCGGGCGAGCCGUCAAGGACGAAGGCCCGGCUCACCGUACGGCAGCAUCUCAACUGGAACGGGGUGGGGAGGGACGUCCAUUCUCGUUUUUGUCUUGGCUAGCACGGAUUGCGUGCAAUGCGGCUUUCGACCUGACUGAAAGGGAGAAAAAAAAAAGGGUUAGACCGGUGUCCUAGUUCAAGGCGUGGACUGCAGUGGUCGGGAGUUCCGACGGAGAGCUAGAGCGGCGCGACGAGUGGUGUCGCGGUCGGGCGAACGAAGAUACCGAAGUCUCGAGCGGUGUGCAACGCCAGGAAGAUUGUAUAGACGCUGCUCAUCUCUCUGGGACGACCUCGGGGCCGGGAACGUCACGGAAAGGCAUCGCGGUGAACUCUUUAUUAAUCCGGACGGCUCUGUUUUGAGAACGUUCGGCGCAGCAUGGUCGCUGUGUAAGCUCAGAAUCCACGGGUCUGUCGCCGGGCUGGAUGAGGUGUCACGUAAUCGGACGCGUCGUCGCACAGCACGGGCAUCUGCAGUCAGUGGAUGGGGUACGGUCACACAGGCGCCGGGUCGCAAAGGGAGAAGAAAAAAGAAUAAACAGGAGAGAGGAAGAAGAGCUUGGGAGAGGAUCGCAGCAUCGGACUCAUCCCCUCGCGCUCGUCAAUCUUUGUCGCUCCGUCGCUUCUAUGCCCCGACGAGGCUCACUCUCGCACGCGGUUGUGGACCCAAAGGCAACGACAGAGAGACAAAGCAACAGGACGCCUCUGAUACUGCAAAAUGAGAGGAAUCCUUGUCGACGGGCCAUGAAAAUCAACCCCAAUCAGGAUCGACACGGGCGCCGGAUCGAAAUGGUGGCUGACGGGGCCGCAGGCAUGGGUUUUCUGUGCGAGCCAACAAACUGGUUCCAACGCGCGGUGGGAGUCAGCCUAUACUCCGUAACGUGCUAAUCACAGUACGACGGACAUGCUGACCUCCUCUGCUCGACGCUCUAAACAGCACUCAGGCCGCCAGCUCAAGACGACCGCAGCGGGCCGUGGGCCAAGUCGUGUCGCGUUCUCGUUUCUGACGACUGGUCUCCACCAUCGUGCGGGCAGACGGGCGGACAGGUAAUUUGGCCACGAGCACCACGUCGGACGUGCCCGCCGGCGUGCGACAUUGCGAUGAUCUCCUCUUUGAUUGUGGUGUGUCGAAGGUCUGAAUUUCGCACCGCACCAUCGCUCCGAGCAGGCUCUGAAGGCUCCGUUGCCUCCCCUUGGCCGUCCGCUUCCGGCGCUCGCAGCCGUCGUGUACCCAGAGACGACUGCCCGCCGCCAACGCCUUUGCCAGCGACACAUACGCGUUCAACAACGACGUCCACCACGACGGGCUCCGCGCGGCCUUGGCCCAAACCUUGCCUAGCUGCAUGUUCCCGUCGUGUGUAGUAUAGCAACAAGUACAGAGCGACUCUCCAUCCCCUCCGCAAGCCUCGUCCGUGGUCGAUCCUUUGCGCCAUAGCCGCUCACGUUCGUCAUAAUCUUAGGCCCCGUUGACGUGGGAGCUCCCGUCCGUCACCACAAGCCUCUAAUCACUUGUACAGGUCCUUUUCUGUAUGCUGCUAAUGUGUCUCCGACCACGUUCACUGCCACGAUCGCUUAGAUGAGCACAGCGAUCUGACGGCCAUGGACAUUAUCAGUCUAUAAUCUCUUCCUUAGCUCUUGUCCCCCCCCUCAACCCUUUCCCCUUGUUCAUUAUGUGCCAACUUCCUUUAUUAUAUUCCUUCUGGUUCGAUCCUCGCCCAAAGCUACGCUCUUUGGUCGUUGUCCCGUAUAUCUUCCCUUCUCCUUCCCUCCUUUGCUUGUCGAACGCCUAGGACUGGUCUCCUAGUCUUGUCCAAAGAACGCAUCCUAGCUGGUGGUACAAUACCGCUACAUAGCUGUCAGACUUUUCAUACUUGUGCGCCUGUCCCGAUCAAUGCAUUUUGCUCUUGCGUAACUUCAUCUUCUUCUGGUUGGCAUCUAUCUCCGUUGACUCGCUUUCAUCUUUAAUUCAGCCAUACCUUGAGCUCGUUCUCUCUCUCAUGCCCUUGAAUCUCUGCACCCGCCGGUCAAUCGCUCCAUAUAUCCUUCAACCAUGGCUGCGCUGCAAGAAAUUCUCACGUAUCGACGGACUCUGUUGGCCGUCUUGCUCAUGGUUUGCCUGCUCACGCUUCUGCGCGCAAACACAGACACGGCUCUUUUCGUGAACCGUAUAUGCAGCAACCGACCAUUCUCGGGAUCACGCUUCAGCAUCGAUAUCGCGAAUGUGCCUGCCAGGCUCAGCUCGAUACCAAGCACGACAUCAAAAACCAAGAACGACGAUCCAACCCUCGACAUCGUCGUCAGCAUGUACAGAGAGGACGCGCAGAGCUGCGCCCUCAGGCUUAAGGAGCUCAAGUCGCUGCAGCCGUUCAAGGAUCUCACCAUUCGAACCUUCAUCUACACCAAGGACAGCAGCGCCAACGUGGAGCAGCUGAAGGACAUCUUCAACACACCUCACGUCGUGACUCUGCCCAAUCUUGGCCGCGAGGCUGACACGUACUUCACGCACAUUCUAGAGCGCUACUCCGACCUAGCACGGCACACCAUGUUCAUCCAGGCCGAGAUGCACGAGUUCGAGGGCGCCAAAACCAGGAUCAAAGGCUGGUUCCGGCCCAACACGGGCGUACUGUCGCUCGGUCAGAUCGAGUCCUGCAGCUGCGUGUCCUGUCACGACUCAUGGGACAAUCACCGUAGUUUCCCUCGCAUCGAGGAGCUGUACAGUGCCCUGAAUGGCGAAUUCUGCCCCCAGAAGAUCGCGCUUACGUAUCUGGGUCAGAUCAUCGUGUCUGCGGAGCGCAUUCGCUCCCGUGGCCCCUCGACGUACAAGUACCUGCGCCAGGUGCUCGACUCGGACAAGAGCUCCUUCAUACACACCGACCCGCGCCAACCCUUCUUCAACGACGAGCCCAGCGAGCCCUACUUCGGACACACCAUCGAACGAAGCUACAUGGUGUUGUGGAACUGCUCCAGCGACGACCUUGCCCGAAGGUGCGGCGGGCUGAGUUCGCUUCACACGCCGCGGCCCGAAGGCCUGCCAGACGAUUACUGUCAGUGUCUCGACUCGCCCUAGUGAAACUCGACUGCGCCGUAGCUGAGUUUCCUUUUUCCGCCAGGUCAGCGGCGUUCAUCUGGCGGUGAUGUGUUGGUCGCGCAAUCUACCCGUGUCUUGGUGUUUUGUGCAACGAGAACUCACGCAAAAAUGGCCGCCUUUAGUAAGGUCCGGUCUUUGUUGGCGCUCAUUCGAGCUCUGUGGGACAGCGGCGUCACAUAUCGGUAUAUCCAGGUAUUUAUGGGAAACCAUCGCCGGUUCGUGCUUCUGGGAGGUGCCAAGGAAUCCGGGCGCGAAUGGAAGAGGUACAAGGGGCGGGAGAAGAUUCGUCUUUGGGCGGCCGCAAGCAAACUCUUUCUCUUGACUGUAAUCCCGUCCCAGUCUCGGAAUGUGGUGUCGAAUACAUUAUUCACGACGGCCAAGUCAAGGAAAGGUGUGGCCGCUGACAUCGUUCACAGGCGUGUUGUUGGGAUGGUAGUCUCUUGCGAUUCCACCGAGUCCAGAUGCGCAGCCAUGAUCUACCACAUGUUUCACGGGGUAACCCCGUCGCCAAGUAUCUGGACAGAGAGGGUAGAAAAUAUAGUUGUGCAGCACCAUAGGACUUCGGUCCG